AUCACCAUCAAUCUGUUAAACUUCUCAACUACUGCUUGCUUCCAUUAAACUUUUUGAAUCUCCCUUUGUUAAGUUUCUCUUCUCUUCUCUUCUCCCCUCCAACUCCUCUCAAUAAUACAGCUUAGAGACGACCUUCCCCCAUGGGCGGCGCAACAAAAACCGCUCUGGGGAGGCUACCAAUAUACUACUACUCUAUUGUUGGUGUAAUUGUAAUCUGUACUUUUGCCUUGAUUGCUGCUGUCUUUUACUCUGAAAGGAUAAGCUCUCUUUCUAAUUCUUACAGCAUUUUCAAAUUCUGCCCUACACGAUCAAAUGCUGCUUCCAAAUCAUCUAUCGACUCUACAAGAGGAGAUGAGAGAAGCAAAUUAGAAGAAGUAUUUGACGCUGAAGUUGAUGAUAGGUUCGAGUUUGACCCAAAUGAGUGCGGCGUAGCCCAGGGGAGGUGGGUAUUCAACAGCUCACUCAAGCCUUUGUACUCAGACACGACUUGCCCAUAUAUUGACAGGCAAUUUUCUUGCGUUAAGAAUGGACGGCCAGAUUCCGAUUAUCGGCACUGGGAAUGGCAGCCGGACGACUGUUUCUUGCCUACGUUUAGUCCUAAAAUUGCAUUGGAGAAACUUCGGGGGAAAAGGUUAAUGUUUGUUGGGGAUUCCCUACAAAGAAAUCAAUGGGUGUCGUUGGUUUGUUUGGUUGAAUCUAGUAUACCUGAAGACCAGAAGGCCAUGCGACGAGGCCGCUCUCUCUCUGUCUUUGAAGUCAAGGAGUACAAUGCGUCAAUAGAGUUCUAUUGGGCUCCAUUUCUAGUGGAAUCGAAUUCCGAUGAUACUAUAAUGACAGAUCUAAACAAGAGGGUACUAAAAGUUGAUUCAGUUCGGAAACAUGCCAAAUACUGGGACGGAGUUGAUAUCUUGGCGUUCAAUUCAUAUGUAUGGUGGUUGAGUGCUCCCAGAUUCAAGUUACUAUGGGGUUCAUUUGCAAACGGUGAACAAGGAACAGAAGAGUUUGAUAUGUUGGUGGCCUACAGAAUAGGAUUGAAGACAUGGGCCAACUGGGUUGAUUCCAAUGUUAAUCCUAUCAAAACCCGUGUUUUUUUCACCACUAUGUCCCCCACCCACUCAAGAAGUGCAGACUGGAACCAUGAGGAUGGAAUCAAAUGCUACAACGAAACAAAACCAGUGAUGAAGAAGGGUCACUGGGGAACCGGUUCAAACAAAGCAAUGAUGAGAGUAGUGGCCGAUGUGGUGGAGAAAAUGAGAGUUCCCAUCACUUUCAUCAACAUAACACAGUUAUCGGAACACCGAAUAGAUGGCCACGCCUCGAUUUACAACGAAUUGGGAGGCAAAUUGCUGACUGAGGAGCAGAAAGCGGAUCCGUUGCACUAUGCAGAUUGCAUACAUUGGUGUUUGCCCGGAGUUCCUGAUACGUGGAACCAAAUAUUUUUAGCACAUUUGUAGGUACUUGAUGGACCCUAACAUGGAAUUUGUAAAGUUUUACGUCUGGGAAGAACAAUGAUGUUGUACCCUGAAUUCUGGAACCUUUUUUUUUUUUUUUUUGGGUUGAUCAUUUUUCAUUUCUUUUGGUGGCUUUUCCGAGAUGAUUUGCAGAAAUUGCAAGCUUUAAUACUAUUAGCAUUGCCAGUUUUUUUC